CAAUUAAUAAGUAAUUAUCAUUAUUAUCAACAUUAUCAUCAACAAUAAAUAAGUAAUUAAUAAGUAAUUCAAAUAAUUCGUUAAUAUCGAUGAUUUGUUCAAUUCGUUACUAUUCAAUGAAGAUAAAUUAAUGCAUAUUUAUUGUUUUCAAUUAAUUAUUCAUAUUUUUAUAUAAUAAAUUUUAACUCAUGUUGUAAGGACAGUCAUGUUAGCGCAUUUUUGUUAUCGUGCUUUAUUCCGAAAAUUUUUGAACAACAAUAGCAUUUUCUGACCAUGGAAUGGCACUCGAUCAUCCUAGAUACCGUAAUAUUUAAUACGUAAUAUUUGACGUGUCUGUAAUAAAAAAUUUAUGGGAUAGUGCGAAUAAUAGUUCUGGGAAAAGAAACUUACCAUCUGCGCCAGAGAUAUCCUAUGAAAACUGUUGAAAGAUGCAAGAGCAUUGCCAGAGUGUUUUUGUGUGUCUUCUGAAAUAUUUUCAAGCUGCAACUUUUAUAAUAUAUUCGAGAAAGCACGCCGUGACUCUCCAUAAAUAUUCAACAGGCUGAUGCAAAGUAAAAUAAUGAAACAUUGAUGUUAUAUGUAACAACUUCUAGUCAUUUGCGAUAAGAUUACAUUCAUGAACUUGUUGCUCGUUCUCAUGUGCCAAACGAACGCGCAGCGAGACGAUAAAGAUGCAUCUGAGUUUAAUCGUCACAAAGAAAACAUCACAAUAACCGCAUCAGAAAUUUUACAAAUCUCUAAACUAUACAUAAUCAACAACUUCCUAUUCUCGAGUUUCUUCCGAGAUUAAAGCGAUUCGGACAUUUCCUGCUGCUGUUAACUUUUCUCCUUGGAGUAAGUGCGAAGUUCAGAAUCAGUUACGUCAGAAUAGUUCCUCGAGUGCCUAUAACCCUUAAAGAGAAACUUUAAGUUGGGGUCGAAGAAUGCGAUUAAAGGGUGCUAUCGGUACGAGCUUAGCGCUCUCGUGUGCGAUCCAUAGUUAUUUAUAGUUCGAGCGGCAUAUUUUUAACCGAGAUCUUCCUCUCGUUGAUGCUCAUCAUCAGACCUGACGCGCAAAACACGAAAGGGAUUCUUCGACGUUCCGCGUUCGCAUCAUUGUGCCACGUGUCGCUGUCAGUGAUAAACGUAGGCUAGUUAUCGAGCGGGAUGUACUGGCUAAAUUGUCAAGAAGAUUCGCGAGACCGGUCGGAUGUCACAAAGAAAUCGACAGACGUCGAGUCUUUCGUGGCCGCGAAGAAAUGUGCUUUUACACACAACGCGACGCGGUGAUCAAUAAUUAGACUUACCGCGUUCGUCGGAGCGUGGCACGCAUGCUCCGCAUACGGAACGCGCGACGAAGCUUCCGACGUGGCUAUCAUUGAUAAAAUUUCGAUGCUGUUGCGCCCCGCCGAUCAGACGCGCCUUCCUUCCUUAUCCUCGCGGGUCCUCGCGAAUUAUCGGAUUUCAUUCGGCGCGAUGAAUUCGGGAACUUUCGCGAUGGAAAGAGCAUACGGCGCGAUAAGUGAUUUAAUCGUUAAAGUGCACUUCUGUCUAUUUUUUGCAAGAAGUUAAGCGCUAGUAACUUAGCAUGUUCGUCGUUUCGCACACGCAUGUACACUGUGCUUAGUGAUUUAGACGGCUUUUUCAAUUUAACAAUUAACAAUCGAAUAUUUUUAUAAACGCGAUACUGUCGCACUAAUUAUAAUCUGUGGAUGAAUCGCAAAAAUGUAUGAUUAGCAUAGCUAAUCAUAAAAUUUCCUUGGAUCAAAUUACUGAUACGGCUAUACAUAAGAAUUUCUUCCAUUAAUUUUAUAUUCUGUUUUUAUGAAAUUUCCAUAUUGAUUCUGUAGAAAAAAGAAAAAAUACAAAUAUACAAAUUGUUUUUGUAUAUUUAACGAACUCACCUGAAUCAUUUUAACGCGACAUCUUUGACAUAAUUUUUCAGACAAUUUGACAAUGUGCCGUCUGCUAUUGAUUUUAUGUAUUUUUGUGAACGACCUACUACUUGUAUACUAGAUACGAUAUAAAUUCGAUACCUCGGUUCAACGCUCAAAUAUUACCUAUGAACUUUCCAUGUCAUUAACCCGGCCAAAAGCGCAAUGACCGUCUCUUGUACGAAAUGAAUGUAUAAUGAACUAUGUGAUGCAGACACUUGCUGACGAUCCAAACGAUUAUUACAAACUGUCGCGUUUUCCAUAAUGCAACGCUUGUAAUGCUAGACGAUCUGCGAUUACAGGCAAUUGAUCAUGGAUAUCCAGAUAGAAAGUUUUAUGCCAUCUAUCACAUGUAUAUAAUGCUAUCAAGAGAACUAUAUCAUUAAUCCUAAAUUUAAGAAAAUUGAUGACUAAAAUUUAAAAUAUUAAAUGAAAAACUUCAGAGAUGCAUAUGCUUCAUAUUAAUCGGCAUUAAUUUAUGUUAAUCAUGUUUGAAUCUUUUAUGUGUACAUAUACACGAGGCAAUUUUCUAAUAAUCAUCUGUCUAUUAUUUCAUUUUAUGGAGGAGGAAGACUGCAGCUUGAAGUGUGAAAUUAUAACUUCCAUCUGUGAUCAAUGCCUAUUGAAAUCCACGCUCGAUGAUUAUUGACUAGCGACGGCAUGUUCUUAAUAAGCAGAGACACUCGGCGCGGAUCGAACUUGAUCAAAUUGGGUCGAAUCAACGAGCAUACCGUCUCCUCGCGUUAAUGUGUCUCGUCGAAUCGAGAUUUGCAUCGAACGAGCUUUAAAAGCAAAAUAAAAAUAUCACGUCCUACCAAUGCGAUGCAAUGUAAAUUACUAUUUAUGUUACUCUUAAGCGUAAAAACAACACUAGUUCUCAACCUAAAAAACAUGAAUCAAAUAUUUGCACUCGAAAAUUCAAGCGUUCUUAUGCAACAUUCAGCCAUUUUUAUGUUAUUUGUUAUUUGACUGUAUUAAGCGAGUACAGUUAGGUCUCACGAAUGAUUAAAAGAUACAAAUAUGCCAUUUGGUGGACUUACUAUGUCCGUCGUAUCUUUAACCUUUCGUAACAGUUCUAACUAUUUCAUGUGACCCACAAAAGGAUGAAAUGAAGGCAUCAAUUCUUAAAUUACGAAUGUUUUCAUCGACCAACUAUUUUGAGCAUUCUCUUAGGAAUUCUGAAUAAAGCUCAGAUUAAUUCAGUUUCGAAAUAAAAACUGCAGAAUGCUUUUUGUUCAGUAUUACUUACAUGUGCCCAAUAUCCUCGUAUCAAAUUUGUAAUAAUUAAUUUCAUCUUUAAAAUGUCAUUGUAUAGUGCGUCCUCCAAUUCAUCCCAGGGCAUCACGGUUCGCGAUUAUCGCAUGCAGUGUUAUACACAUUCUAGGAACUAAUCCAUCGCGACGAUACGUGGUUUUGCGUACGGGCGAAGACACAUAACGAAUUUCCUAUAACAACGUAGACCUUGAAGGCUUAAUUCUCAUGUUCGCUUCAUCUAAUAAUCUCUCCUCCUCGUAUGAGGUUAUACAUUAAAUAAACUCGCGUUACGCUGCUCCAUUUAAACGAGGCCUGUAGCCACUAAUCUUUUCACGGAUAAACUAUUCAGUGUAAAUAAAAAUUGAAUGGCACAUGGUUCACCAUAUUAUAUGUCGGUAUUUUAUUUUGUUUGUGACUAUAAAAGCCAAAUACGAGACAAAUUAUCAUCAAAACUUCUUUACUUGAAGUGAUAAUUGCGUUUGAAAAAUGUAAGUGCUCUAUUUAGCUAUCAAUCAUAUAAAUAACAUAUAAAUUUAUUAUAUAAAACUCACAUCAUUUGGAUGCUUUAUCAUUUGAUGUUAAUUAUCAAUUAUUGAUAACAAUAAAAAUAUAACAACAAUAUAUUAGUGUUAUGAAUAAUAUUCCCUGAUAUAAUUAUUUAAUAUUUAUGACAAAUAUAUUUAUGUAUAUUAAGUUUCAUGUCAAUCGACUAAAAUUAAUCUCUUAUCAGUUAUCUUGAUAUUCAAGAUCCUAAUCUGCAGAUACGUAAGCUCUUCAUAAAUAUCCGGGAUUAUUGCGGUACAAAAUGAUUCCACGUGACAAGAUAGAAAAAUAGUCAAACAAAACUUUGCGCUGCUCAAAGAGCUCCGUAACACACGCUAAAAAGAAAAAUCGAAUUGCUUUGACUUUUUGGGUCACAUGUUCACUUGUUCUCUCCAAAUCGUAAAGGGACGCUUCUCAAGCGUAUUCUUGUAAACGACCAUAUACAUGCGGGGGAUAAGACGGGGGUGCACAGUGGGAAGCUGCGUGCGGGGCGCAUGCGUUGUGACGGGAGUGGCACCACGUAGAAUCGCUACGGCAGCCACGGGGGCUGAAACGACGAUUUCGUGGAACAACGUCGGUAGUGCCUAUUGCAGGGCUCCACGAGGCGGCAGCUACCCCUCGUGGCAACACUCCCUCACCACGGUAGUGUCGCGGGGUUGUAUGCGCGCGCGCAUACCACCCUUCGUCCAACUUAUCGUUCAGCUGACUCGACGCACUCGUCGCACGUAGACGCCGCUUCUCCAGGUGCUUCGGACAGCUGUUUCGAGCGCCCCGUUGCGACGCCGACGCCACGAAAUUUCCGGAUAAUCAAGCGCGAUUGUUGAGAGCGCCAGCAGCCAUUCAGCCAAGAGAAAAGCGUACACGAAAAGUAACGCAUCUUCAUUGCUCGUUGACUUUUGGUGUGAUCGUGCCGUGAGACCGGGGGAUGCUCGUCGGGGUCGUUCGCUUGUGGUGCAUCCGUGCCUCACAGUGCGUGCAUCGAUGUGCAUCGAGGUGGUGUCGUGCCGCAUAAUCAACGAGGACGAUGACGACGACGACGACGACGACGACGACGACGAUGACGAUAACGAUGAUUGUUCGCUAAAGAUGGUACGAUCCGACGACACGCUAAUUUUGCUACGUCGAUGUGUCAAAGCACUGCAUUUGCCUGAUGCUCUAUCGCGAGUAAGUAUGCGUUCGACAGUCCUCGAUGGACCACGUCGCACUAUUGUUGGUGGACGAUGAUGAUGUGGACGUUUAAAUCAUGGCCGUUUCAUGAAUGCGUGUGUGUUUAACGAGGAAAGUCUCUACGUCGUAUAUUAGGUCACUUUUCUUCUGUGAAAAUUAUAGGAUGCUCGCUUUGCAGAACAACGUGUGCUCUGGUUUUCUAAAUACAAAACUGAAGAGUGAAUAAACCUUGCACAUUUAACGAUCGAAAAUUAUUAAACUGCACUUUGCAAGAGAAUACUGAAUUAUUAAUUUCACGUUAUAAAAUAUGAUUUUACAUUAUAGAACACAAAGUGAAUAAUAUGUAAUAGAAAAAAUACUGCACACAGAACAAUUUGUUUUGUUCUUUAGUAUUUGUAUUAGUAUUUGUAUUUUUUUGCAAAAAAUAUCAAAUUGCAAAGAUUAAAACGAUUUAGUUCAACUAAUCUGUUGCAUUUAAAAAGCGAAUACAUAUCGGUUUUCAUUCACCUUUUAAUAUGCUUCAUAUAUUUUUAUUGGAUCGUGUUUUUGUUACAGUUACGUUGAGUAUUCAUACGAAUUGAUUGACGUGAGUUCUUGUGUGUCGCACCUCGCCGAAAAAACACGAAGGAUUGAAAUUGCCAAAAAUCGUGAUCCACCAAUGCUUGCCUCUUUAGAUUUCCGAAGAGAAAAUUACGCAGAUUAAAUCGAAAGUUCCUCAAAGUUCGUUUCUUAUGCUCCAAAUUGAUAAGUUUAGCAUUGCACGAUUUAUCAUAGUAUUGCGAAAAGAGAAACAUUAGUAACAUCUUUACAAUUCAAAUACCGAAGCGCUUAUGUUUGACUUUAACGAAUUGCGAAAAAUUUUAAUUCCAAUUUUAAUUAUUGAAAUCAUCGGUUUAACGUCCAUUUUUGGGUAAUAUCGAGGCGGAAAUUGCAACGUAUGUAAAAUUGUAAUCACGACAAUCGUAACUGAUUUAAAGCAUGCACGCUCCUCAUUCUGUCGCCUACGUUGCACGCACAAGGGAUUCGUUUGCGUUGAUAAAAAUCGCGAAAUCACUAAAAAGGACUUAACGUUUAAGCUUUCUCAUUCAAUGACAUUAAAGAUUCCUGCCAUAAAUUCAAUCUGAUCUCCCGCUGCUGAUGCUUAAAGUGUGUCCGAUAAUUUUGCGCAGCAUUUGAUUGCGAAGAAACGAUCAGUAAAUAAAUGGCUGAAUAUAAAUUUAAAUGGUAAACAAAUGGCUUAAGCACUGCAUGCAUCUUCCUAAUUGCAUUGUAAUCGACCGGUCGCGAUCGGAUUAACUACUCGAGCAUUUUAUCGGUUUCACCAACCGCUGGUGAGGUAAAAAUCGAUUUCAGCUAUCAGCUUCGGCCACUCUUAUCGACGUUAUCUGCUUUCUGCAUCGCAAAUAAACUGGUGCGAGAUGUUCCCCCGCAUGUUACACGUUAUAGACCGGUGAGAAUAUUAAACGGGGUACACGUAAUUACCGCGUGCUUUAAAUUAUAGUCUAAAAUGCAAAUAAGUAUAGCGCGAAUGUGUGCCAAAUAAUGAUGUUGUACAACGGAGCCUUUCGCAAUCUAUAUAGCGCGUUAUAUACAUUACACGCGUAAUGCAGUGCGUGGCUAUCUAUAUUGUGGUGCUUGUAACAGGUGGUGCAGCUAUACAUACGGCACGAAAGAACGGAGAGAAAUAUUCCUAUAUUUCGUUGGCUUUCCAGCGGGACAGAUUUUACUUGACGUAAAAUCAGAAAAGUGUUACACGAAAUUAUUAUAUAUAUGUAUGUUAGUGCUUUACAGUGCUUUCGCAACAUCAUUAAAUCAUAUUCAUGCCAGAUUGGAACAUGCUCCAAUUGAAUUAAUUAAUUAAAUCAUAUAUUUGAUAACGACGUUAUUAUAAGUUUAUUUAUGAAGAGCUCCGUCAAUUUAACGUUAAUGAAAUCUAUUCUCGUUAAACAUACAAGCAUCAUGUUAGUUUCGUGCAUGAUUCAGUCAACGAGACAAUCGGCUUUUCAGAGUUCUACUAAAAAUAUCGCACAUUCAAAGCGAGCUAUUGCGAAUCUAAAAGGAAUAUCGCGAGAAUAAACCGAACGAUUGAACAUGAAUCACGAGAACGGUUGAGAGCAGCGUGUGCGCGGUAUAAUAAGAGGCAAGAGAGAUGAAAGUGAAACGAUGAAGAAGAGAGUGGCGCUUCUAAUUGGAGAAUGAACGGAUUUUUCAACUCCCUCAAAAACCUCGCGUCCGGUGCCGCGUAUGCUACCGGCUCUACCUCGAAAUACGAAGAGCUCGAAGUUGAAGAUACAAAAAUGAGGUUCAGUUUGACUCCGCAGCCGGGAGAAAGUGGUUUCAUACAAUGGUUAGACGCGAUGAAGAUGGUCGCAAAAUUACAAGGAGGAAUACCGCCCGAGUUUCGGAAAAGGUUAUGGCUGACGCUGGCGGAACGUCAUCUAGAACAACGUGGCGUGGAUUGGAAGCAGGCUGAGAAGGUCUGCUUCAACGAAUGGAGUAAUCCUGAUGACGAAGAGCUCGGCAUACAAAUCGUGAAAGAUCUGCACAGAACAGGCUGCAGCCUGUUCUGCGGCGCCGCUGGCCGGGACAAUCAGGCAGUUCUUCGUCGCGUCCUGCUCGGCUUCGCCCGCUGGAACAAGUCCGUGGGCUAUUGCCAGGGCUUGAACGUUCUGGCCGCCCUCGUCCUGCAAGUAAUGGAUCGCGCGGAGUCUUCGGCUGUGAAGGUGAUGAUAUAUUUGAUAGAAGGCGUUCUGCCGGAAGGCUAUUUCGCCGAUAAUCUGCGCGGUCUCUCAGUGGACAUGGCGGUGUUUCGGGACCUCCUGCGCUCGAGGCUGCCGAAGUUAUCCAAGCACCUCGAGGCGCUCCAGAGCGAUGCAAAGGAUAAAGCGACGGGGAGUAGCUACGAACCGCCGCUCACGAAUGUAUUCACCAUGCAGUGGUUCCUUACGCUUUUCUGCCAUUGCUUACCGCAGGAAGCAGUGCUUCGUGUCUGGGAUCUGAUAUUUCUCGAAGGUGAUGAAGUACUCCUUAGAACGGCGCUCGCUAUCUGGGAAGGCCUCUCCGACCGCAUAAUGACCGUAACAUCAGCGGAUGAGUUCUACAGCAUAAUGGGAGUGCUCACGAGAGAAAUGUUAGAGUUCACCGACACGAACAAUCUCAUAAAGAAUAUUGUUGGUAUGGGACCCUUACAUGGUGUGACAAGUUUGAGAGAGAAGCAUCGAUACAAUAUCACCCCUUGGGCGCGUAAGCUGAGUGAUGACGAUGACAGCGAAACAGAAGAGGAUGAGAGAUUAGCUGUAGCAGCUGCCAUGUUCAGCAUGGCACAACGUAUAAAGAAAGAUCGCAUACCUUCGACAAUAGGAGCUCUACAAGCGAUGGCACCUAGCAGUGAUCGAGAACGCCUUGCUCUAGAUAUUAGUACGCUAAAGCAGCAAUACGCAAAACUACGAGAACGACAGCGACAAGCACACAUAAUACUUUCCGCCGCGUGCGCGAGACAGACCAUGGUACCUCCGCCCACUUCCACAGCCAUGAAUCAUCUUUUAGUGGGUAAAAAUGCCCUCGUAAGUGGAAAGAAUCGACCAUUGAGUCUGCCGCCCGCCACUGGCACAUCGAAGUUACGAUCAACGGCCCUUCACAGCCCGAGAAAUCAAAGUCGCAGAGAAAAACAAGGUGUGACGCUUCAUUGGAAAGAUGCAAAAAGACCGAAACAAAGAGCCGGUGACGCUGGUGAGAGCAAGGUAGAACCUUCAUCUACCAAUGAUGCAGACGCUUUUGGUUCAGCGUUUUUACAAUCUCCUCCAGAAACAACUUCUACAACGUCUCCUAAUCGGAGCACCGCUGACAGCGACAGUGACAGCACAUCGACGGAGCUGUGCGACGAGCCGGAGCAUCUGAGUGACGUCGAUAGCGAAGAACUUACGUCAGCAUCUGACUCUUACGUUCUCGCGACGGACGACGAAAAGCACGCCUGUGUUGAGGGUUCGUCGACCUCAGCGAGUACACCUGCACGCUCGUACGUCAGAAGCGAGCCGAUGACGACGACUGAAGUAGUGCCACGGAAUACGGAUUCAAUUCUCGUGAUUGAUCGCAACGACGAGGUCGCAUCCUUGACCGAGAUCUCGAUCGCCAAGAUCACCGAUCAAAUACGAAGGCUAUCGGCAGAGGACGACAAUAAUACGACGGUUCCUCAAACGCAAAAAGCACGCGACAACGACGAACUCCCGGUGCAGGAUUAUUCAGUUGAGAAAUCACAGAUGGAAAUGGACUCCAAGUUGCCAGAUCCUGUCGAUUACACGUUACUUACGUCGUCGAGUGCGGACGCGACCAAUUCGUCAUCGAAGAAUUAUUUAAGCCUUAAGUCUAAUCUCGUCGAGGAAAGAACGAGUAAUAUUUUGCACAGGACAGAUCGGCUGAAAGAUACGAAGGAAGAAGAGGACAUUAUUCGGGUUAGCAGCAGAAAUAUUACCGUCCUUAAGACGAAUGUUACGGAAAUCUCCGCGAAUACAUCGCGAGAUGAUUUCAAAGAUCAAACGACCAGCUCUUUAGAUAGAAAUUACGAUAAAUUUAUCGCGCCUUUAGAUACGAGCGACAAGCCCUUCGAAUCCUCCCUGAGAUUUUCCAGCAGGGUUUACCUGGAUUCCAGAAACGAUAAUGAUUCGAAUGACAUGGAUACGAGCAGCAGAGCCUUGGACGUCGCAGCAGAUUCGCGAUCAUUUUAUUCCAAAAGAUACAUCAUGGGCCACCUACCAAUCUCUCCAAUAACAAUGGACAACAAACUGACGAAACUAUCGCACGACAUAUACAACGUUGCGGCAAACCCGGAGGUUUGCCUGACGAAUCCCGAAACGACUUUAAGAAGAGACAUCACUUUCGGUAACGAUCAGCCGACGAUACAAACAAAAUCGUAUUCCGAUUUGAAGAGAAGCCCGAAAUCGCCGGAAAGCACGAAGUCCUUCAGCUCCGGGGAAACGAUGGGUCCCGACACGAAACCCUCCAGUUUGACCAUGAGUCCGAGGACACCAAUCAGGUCGGACUCACGCGACUUCACGAUCAACAAAUCAGCCUGUUCGUCCAUCAGUUCUGAUUCCAAGACUCUCGUUCUGCAUUCCGCAAGCUCGGACAUCGCGCACGACGAUUCGAUGCCGAUCGCGAAGAAAACGUCGUACGACAGGACGAGCCCUUCGAUCAGUACGGACUCCCUUCGGAACAAAUCCGACACAAGCCCGAAAUUGGUUAUCAGCAGUUCAAGUGAUUCAACAUGCAGUCCGAGCAAAGUCAGGUCUUCCGAACGAUCGUUCAGUUCCGACUUGCAGUCGCCCGUAAGUGCCAACUCUAUAAGGUAUACCACAAGCUAUGGGAAACGAGGUCAGGACAACGUGUCAGACUCGCCGAUCGAUCUGAGCGCUGCGACCUCGCCGUUCUAUCCAAUCGCGAAUCCUAAUCAGAAAACCCCCUCGCCGUACGGUGUGAGCAAACAACAAAGAUGCAGUGUGGACAGCGCCGACACGUCACCCGAUCUGAAAUCGAUCAGCUCCAAGGAUUCUACGAAAUUUUCGGGGUAUCAGGCGAAACUAGAUCUCACGACAAAAUCGAUCGAGACUAAAGAGAGAGAAGUAUCCGACGGAGAAUCCGAGAGGAACGAUCUGUUUGCUAGACCACAAUUCGAGUUGAAUGCGGAGAUGAACGCCGGUUACACGUCGAAGGAGAGGAGCAAAGCCGAUUUGAGCUCUUACGAAUCGAUCGGCGGCGAGCUGUAUCGGAAGCGCGGAGAUUUCGCUGAUGACAAUGCAGACGAUCCGCUAUCGGAAAAGGACGUGGUGCCUCAAUUGCCGCACGAGAAGCUCGACAAGCACUACCUGAGUUACAAUUACCGGCGCAGAGACCGAUCGAAAUUGACCGAGAGGAGUUCCAGCAGUUUGGAGAGACGAUGCACCGACUUGAAGUUCUCGACGUCGAGCGAUGAAUUCAGCACGACUAUGGCGAAGAAGAGAUCAAGCGAUAUCCUGGAGGAUAUGAAGCACUUGGAAGCAAAGGCUUUCAGCGAUGGUUUACCUGACACAACUAUGCUGACGAAGAAGUCAAGUGAUAUCUGGGAGGACAUGAAGAACCUAGAAGCGAGACGGCAGGAUACCUUCAGCAAUUCGGCUAGUGGUUUCUCGAAACGGCGAUUAGAAAUCCCAGAUAUAAAUGUAACAAGCGAGGGUAGGAAAUCUUAUGUGGUGCAUCCGAAAAUCAAUAUUGACGAGAACAGCGAUAGUAUACUGAAGACUAUAUCUUGCAACAAGAAUACGGAUAGCGACACGGACGAUGGCAGAGAAUCAAAAGUUGGCGUUUGGACGAAGGUAAAACCCCGCAAGAAGGGCGACAACGGGCGUAGAAGCAGCGAUAGAGCUCUCAAGAUCAUUCAGGAGAACUCGGCCAUAUUGCACAAGAUCCUUGCUUGCCAGGCGAAGAAACGUUUACCGGAUCUAGAGGAGAUAUCCAAAGAAAUCACUAUCAGUCCUAUAAACGAGGAGAUCUCCAAGAUAUUUAGUCCGAUCCUCGAGAAAAUGGGACUGAACGAGCAUGAAAUAAACGAGGAAUUAGCCCGGAUAAAUUUCAAGGAUUUCGACAACAUGAGCGCCACCAGCGUGUCCGAGUUCGACGCGAAGAUCAACGAAGAACUAACGAAACUGUCGCUCAUCGAUGACGCGGAACAAAUCGAUCACCUGGGUGUAGACGAGAUUAUAUCGCACGAUUAUCUAGACACUCGUGAGGCGCUCAUAGAUCAUAAGAUAAACGAGGAACUCUCGAAGUUGCUAGCGAACUACGAGGAGGAAUCGCCGCCGAGCAUGAUCAACCUGGAUAAGGGCUCAUCCAGUCAGAAUAUAAGCGAGAUCGAAGGUCUCGAUCUCACCAGCAUCUCGACCAACGUAUUCUCCUACAAAUCCUCCAACGAUUCGAUCGAGACCAGGAGCGACCAGGAAUCCGUGCACGAGGCUGUAGUUCAACCUGUUCAAGAGAGGUUCCCGUUCGCGACGUUGAAAUACGAGCAGAGCCUAUCGCCCAAGAGCGACAUAGAUAUUUAUAGGGAGUUGGAGAAGCUCGACAAAAUCUCGUUUGUGCAUGUAUUGCCAAACAAACCUGUAGAAAUAUCGCCGAAACGAUUGUCUCCUAUCACGUAUGUAACCGAUGCUUCACCGUACCCGGAAGUACCAUCUGCAACGAGGUACGCGCCAAAGACGAGUCCAUAUGACAUUGAAUCAGCGACUACGUCGUUGAAGAGUACUUAUGAACCCUACAAGAGUUUCGACUUUGCGAAUAGGCCAUCACCACGGGAUAAUCUUUACACAUACGACAAACCCACUGAGUCCACGUUCGACUACACGGAUUCAAAAUCCAGGUUUUCGAUCGAUCCCUAUGACUUGCACGUGAAAAAUCCGAUAUUGUCAAAGGAAUCAUUGGAGUUUCGCGUGAAGUAUGAUGACGAAUCAUCGAGGUCGACUAGCAGCGAAUACGCUAAGAGUGCACAGGACAGCAGAUCGACGGUUUCCUUGGACACAGGUAGUUCUUACUAUGGCAAGAGCAACGAUAAAGCGGUCACGCCGACAAAAUACAUCAGCAAAGAAGAGAAACGUUUGGAUAUCGAAGACUACCCCUGCGAUAAGCCGGAUCUUCUGCGUCACAAGUACAGCGUUUUGUCUCCGAAAGAAUUUUCUCACGUUCAUGACACGGACUAUGACAAACCCUUAGGCAUAUUACCACACGUCAUGGUGGAUUCGGAGUCGGAUAUCGGUUCGUAUCUGCCGACGAGGUAUCGCGAUUAUAAUGUUCUGUCACCUAAUCGCCAAUACAGGGAUCACUACUUCCCUUCCAGUCCGAAUCAUUAUACCUCUAAACUUUCUCCAGGUCUAGCAGAGGAAGCGCAGAGACCUACCUCGCAUCCGGAAUCCCCGAGUAAAAUAAGUGCCGGCAAAUACGAAGAUCUGACGAGCAAGGGAUCGAACUGUUACAAGAAGUCAACGCUGAGCCUCGGUAGCAUUGACAGUACGAACAAAAGCGAGAAGGAUGUUGAUACCACUCCGAGUCCGAAGACACACUUCAGUCCUUUCCCCGUUAGAAAUAACACUAGAAAACCCAAAGAAUUGACGCUGAAGUUGGGCCUGUACUCGCCGCAGAGUUCCGACUUCAACCAAGUGAAGAAAUCAUAGUGCUCAGUAAUUUGUCGAAGUGUCGGUGCUUUCGACUUGCAGAGAAGUUCGCACAUGUACUGGUUCGGCGAUACCGACAGGGAUAUCUAUGUUUGUUAGUCACUCGACGUAUGCCCGAUGCGUUUCAGUGAAUCCCCAGCAAAUCAAUUUUCCGAAUUUAACAAAGUGGGCCUAAAUUGUCGCCUAAGCAUUCCUAAGUCAUGGUACCGAACGCUAUUAGACAAAUUAGGUGGACGUAAGCUUAAUUAGCAGUAACACGAACAUAGUUUUAAGGUGGAUAAAGUCGCGCAAGUUUUUCAGUGCUCGGCCAGACAGCUGUAAACUAAUAAAAACUUUCUUUUUUUUCAAUGGCACGCAAGUUCGACGGAAAUAACGAAAAUGAACUGUACGAAACUGUAUUGUGUCAAUGAUCGCAAUAAGCGCGAAAUAAUAUCUCCAUGAACGCAAUUAAAUUUGGGAACAUCGCUGAAAUAACACGUCGCGCGUUGUUGACGCGAUUACGAAAUGGCAGGACCAGACAAAGCAGAUUAAUGGUAAAUCCGAUUCUCAUAUUCGGCCGCACGUUUCCCCUUUCUCUGCUUUAUUCCGUCAUUAAAAGAUAAUGUGCACUUCACAGAUAUUCGAAUAUACACAUUUAUUCACAGAACAUCGGUUAAAAAGAAAAAAGGUCAAAAGAUAUUACUACUUAAAAUAUAUGUGCUCGCAUAAUGCAAUCGCUAAAUUUAUAAUAAAAUGCCUUCGAUUCCCUCCACUUUUUCAACUAUGCCAAAAUUUCCUACGAGAUAACUUUCAAAUCACAGUACUCGGCUUAGAUUAAUGCUUAACUCUAAGAAAACUUUACAAAAUAUUCUUUUCGCAGUAUCUCUUAAUUGUACCAUACUACCGGGAAAUUCUCAUUGCGAAGCAAUGCAUAUGAAACGAACAAUCACCUGCAUAAUAUGCAGAAUUAUGCAGAAAAAGAAGAGAGAUGAUGUGAUUCUGGAAGUUGCCAAGAUAGAGCUUAAUUUGUUCGUAUGUUAGCACAAACAGAUUAUAUAAAUGGGAAUCCGUAUAGUCCCAACUGAAUUGUGCACUACAAAUUAGACGUAUUAUAUUAUAGAAAAUCAGGUGGAGCGAGAGAGAUUGUAUAUAAUUUCAACUAUUAACUGUAUGUUACAAACAACUUCAAGGUACUUCAGAAUUUUUUUAUAUAAAAUAAAAGUAGUAUUUUUAGAUGUUUCUAAUAAGAACUAUUCUCUUAUUAUCACGCGCAGUAUUAUGAACCAGCUUGCUCGAGUAGGCUGCGGCUUAAGCGCGAAUAGAUAAGAACCUGUUAUUACGAGUUUAAAGAUCCUUUGCUCACAAAUGGCUUCAAUUCAAUAUACGAAGUGAAUCGCGUUACAAGAGACCCGCACAGAGCGGGUCUUCCGUUUUGUCGUAACGAUACGAAUGUUUCUUAUCGAGAUAUUUAGCUAAUUGUUUGACAGUCUUGAAGAAUAAGAGGAAGCUUCUGUAACUUGCUUGUAGUAUGUAAAGAGAUCAUUGUAAUUUAUUCCUUGUCGGCACACAAUUCUCGCAAUUGAACGCACCAGAAAUCCAGAGAUAUCUUACGGUUAGCCUACUAAAAUACAUAUUUCCCUAAAGAUAUCACUCGCGGAAAAUAUUUGCCCAAUCAUCUGUGAUAGUUUAGAGAAUGAUAACAUACGAAACAUUAACACGCGUGUUAAAUGAGAGAUCUACUAUGGCUCAAUUAUUAAUUUAGUCACGUAUUUCUUUAAUAAUUCUCAUAAUCUAACAAGAAAUUUAUUUCGAGCUUAUUCCGUGCUACGAUCAAGAAUAAAUUAUUGCUGAAAUUUGAAUUAAACUCAUUAUACAUAAUAUACGUUAUUUAUCAGAAGUUGAAAUGACUAAAAUCAUCGCGUACUUAAUCUUUCAAGUUGGUCUUUAAAGUUACAAUCUACUGACUGUACCGAUUAUUCAAAAAUAUGUUACACUCUACGAAAACAAACAUUUUCCACUCAUUUCCCUCUUACGUAUAUUUUAUCCGAUAAUAACAAUAGAUAUUGUCAAUUGCAAACGUUAUAGGAGAAAACUAUGGAUAAAGAAAGAAAAAUGUGAGAAGCUAUUGAUAAAGAAAAAAACUUCCAACAUACGUUAUGAAAUAUAUGGAAGUGACUUAUAUAAUAUUAUAACAGAUUUUCUAUUGCGUAACAAUGUUUUAUUUGACUUAUCACGGAGUAUUAUAUAUAUAUAUAUAUAUAUAUAUAUAUAUAUAUAUAGAAUAAUUAUAAAAAAAUAUGAAUUUAACAUUUUCAGUGCUCAUUAUACACUGCACUGCAAAAUAUAUGAUGCACUUGGAUUUAAGUGUAUAAAAGAAACAUGUUAAUUUUGUUUCGGUUAUCAUGUGGUACGGUUGGCUUUUCAGGAAAUCCGAAAGUAGCUUGAGAUGCCUGUGAAAUAUAGAAAGUAUUUGUAAAAAUGUGCUGGAAAUGGACGAUGGCACGUUUAAAUACAAAGAUAGAGUAGGUAACGAUAUAGCUUAGUGCUACCGUGUAAAGUAGUGGGUAAAACCGCAUCGCGUGCGUUAACACUGUUGCUAAUGUUACGAAUUGUCAGUGUCACGUUCUGCACUCUCCAUCACGCAUCUGAAAAUUAGGUUCACUUUGUUAAACGUUUAACUGGAAAUAAAACCGCUCGACAAUAUGUACACUUAAUUCGGUUCGUAACUUGUUAUUUAAGCUUCUCUCGACGGCGUGUUUUUCAAUACUUAAUGACACAUACGUUGUAAUACAUACAAAUGAGUAGUGUUUUUCUACUGGAUCCAGACACUGAGAGCGGUCAGAACUCGUGGCAGGUGAAUGCGCAUCGCCUGGACGAAGGUUUCGCGUAACACGUCGAAAAAAAGUAAAUCCUAUGUAAGUCACGUUUAGAGAGAAGAGAGAAUAUACUUAAGGAUUAAAGCGCGUGUCAAGUUGUUACGUGAUGUUUUGAGAAAAUUAUUGUAUAUACGUGACAAAGAGUGCGAGUCAUGCCAGAUAUAAGACUGUAUAUUUGAAAUGCAUAGAAUAAUAAGUCGUUAUGGAUAAAGAAACUGAAUAAAUAUAUUGUGAAACUGAA